AGUAUCCGUCCAAGAAGCAGCGUCGACGAUGCACCUUCAUCAAAUGUGGGGACUUUGACAGUCAUGAGGUGGCGUCUUCGGUGCAUGUUUCGAGAAGAUGCGGGGGCUCAGGUACCGCUUUUUCCCCAUCAUGUGGCCGAAUAUCGGUUUGGAGAAGCCAGUCAAUGGAGCUCGACUACGGCAUUACGGACAUUGGCACCGGCUGAAGCAAUUUGGAGAUUGAUGAAGACUUCAUAG